GACACCUUCUACAAUGAAAUCGGCGAUGGCGAAACACCAGAACCCACGCCCACUCCAGUCCCUUGCAGUUCUCGGGACCUGACCAAAUGGGACAAACUCUUCUCCAUGCUGGAGAACAGUCAGAUGAGGGAGAACAUGAUGCUGCAGUACGCAGACGACAUCAUCAAAGUGGAGAUGGGGUCGCUGCGCGGGGAAAUGCUCAGGUUUGUAGCCCAGUAUGGUGGUUCCUGUGGGGUUGCGGUUGAGACGGCAGGAAGAAGGAUGGCCCUGCAGCUGGAGGGCCGCUUCAAAGAAACAAUGGAGCGCUUCAAACCCAGAGAUCAGACUUCUGCCAGGAAUUCUGCCGGGACGUCCGACCACCUCGAUGAGAGGCUGCAGCAGCUCCUCUCCGCAACGCUACUACAAGCUACCCGACUCGCCAAGAUGGAGCACAGUUGCCUCAGGAACGGCCCACGAGCUGGGAUGGGGAUGGAUGUUAAGACGGUAUCCAAGCUCCCAGAGGCAGCAGGGAACCAGGAGCAACAGGUCCCAUCCCGAGAGGGGGCUCUGGACGGCUUGCUGGCCGCGCUGCAGCAGACGAGGGAGGAACUGGGGGAGGUUCUGAGGUCAUCGAGGCAAAGACAACUACCCGCAGGCUGUGAGAUGGCACUCCUCUUCCCCAUGCGUUCCCGUCGAAUCUACACCUCCGUGAUUCCUGAAGUCCCUCUGUCCAUCUCCUCCUUCACCAUCUGCAUGUGGGUGAAGCCGACCGCCGUCUCCAACAGAACCGUGCUCUUCUCCUACGGGAACCGCCGCAACCCUUAUGAGAUCCAGCUGCUGCUCGGCCAAUCCUCCGCUCUCUUCACCAUCGGAGGAGAGGCUCACCUGGUGGAGGCUCGGGGGGUGGUGAGUGGAUCGGAGUGGAUCCACCUGUGCGGGGCGUGGACCUCCCAGCAGGGCCUGGCGACGCUGUGGGCGGGCGGGAAAAAGGUGACCUCCACACCUGGGGUCGCUGAAGGACACGUUAUACCCGACGGAGGCUCCCUGCAGCUGGGGCAGGAGAGGAACGGCUGCUGCCCCCUGACUCCCAGCGGCGGCAGCGGGGUGGCCGGGUUCGAAGAAGGGUUCGAUCCCAAGCUGGCGUUCGCGGGGAAGAUGACGGGAGUGAACAUGUGGGACAGGCUGCUUUCAGAGGGGGAGAUUACCCAGCUGGCUUUGCGGGAGGGCCAGGGCUGCGAGCAGAGGGGGAACGUGGUGGCGUGGGGGGCGACGGAGAUGGUGCCACACGGAGGCGCUCAGUUCGUCAACUAACAGAUUCACACUCCUCGUGAGGGAUGAAAGGUCACAAUUGUGAAUAUGAGCAACAUCGUAAUAAGCUUUAAUGCUAAAACUCACCAGAGCAUCUAACUGCUUAUAUCACCUCUGUCCCUUUAGUUACAAGUUUUGAUUAUGUUUUAGUUUUUUCAUCUCAAUUAUCAUAAAUCUAAUGCUGCGAUGGACUUUACUGGACAUGUUCAGAUGAGAGAAAGCUAAUUUAAAGAGGCCCUAUUGUGUCUUAGGGGGUUUUCCCUUUCCUGUUGUGUGUUAUAUACGUUUGUGUGCAUGUAC